UUUAGCUGCUUUGUUGUAGAUUUCUUGUAGGUUUCCUGCAGAUUUUUUUUUUUAGCUAAGUGUUGCAAUGGAGCCGAGCUGGAGCUCAUUUUUAUUUCAGACAAAUGACACUCUUCACCACCAGCACCAGGUUGGCCAGAACAGUCUGCUGCCUCUCCUCAAUGCUGGAACAGAACCCCAAGACCAAAAGCCUGUGCUCCCCAUCCCACUGGAGCAGAAGCCACCAGUCAGUGCGGCCGAGCUCCUCAAGGACACCAUGGCCAGUGGGACAGGUGGAGGAGGAGGGGGCGGUGGAGGGGGAGGUGGCGGAGGUCCAGUGGUAGUUAAGAAGGAGCCUAAGUCAAAAACGCCCUUCAUCUGCGGCUACUGCAGCAAGUCUUUCCGUGACAGCUAUCAUCUACGGCGGCACGAGUCUUGUCACACGGGCAUCAAGAUGGUGUCCCGGCCCAAAAAGACACCAGCAGCUCCCACCAUGGUGCCCAUGAUCUCCCCUGUGCAACAGCGAGAUAGCAACGGCAACCCCACCUAUGUCUCUGCUGGUAUCCUGACAACAGGGACCAACUCGGCCACAGUAACAGUGGGUGCAAUGGCCACUCUGUCCCAGCAGCAGCCCAGUGUACCCAAAAAGCCCCCGAAACCAGUGAAGAAGAACCACGGCUGUGAGAUGUGUGGUAAAGCCUUCCGCGACGUCUACCACCUGAACCGGCACAAGCUGUCACACUCGGACGAGAAGCCUUUCGAGUGUCCCAUCUGCCACCAGCGCUUCAAGAGAAAGGACCGCAUGACCUACCAUGUGCGUUCGCAUGACGGUGGCGUGCACAAGCCCUACAUCUGCUCCGUCUGUAGCAAAGGCUUUUCCAGGCCAGAUCAUCUUAGCUGUCAUGUUAAACACGUCCACUCUACAGAGCGGCCUUUUAAAUGCCAAGUAACGGCCUGCACAUCUGCUUUUGCCACCAAAGACCGCUUGCGUUCCCAUAUGAUCCGGCAUGAGGGUAAAGUCACUUGCAACAUAUGCGGAAAGAUGCUGAGUGCUGCCUACAUCACCAGCCACCUGAAGACGCACAGCCAGGCCGGCUUCACCUCACCCUGUAACAAAGGUACGCCAGCCCUCGCCCCUCACUCCUCCUCCUCCUCCUCUACCACUUCCUCCUGGCCUCCGCUCGCCUCUGCUGCGCCAAACCAGGACAACACACACUCAGACACUAACAACGCAUGCAACUCUGCCUCAGCCACACCAGUCACUGCCUCGGCCACCGCCGCCAGCACUGCCAGCAUGAAUCGUGGAACCAUCAGCAACCCCAUAACUAUCUCCUCCAACACAGUGAAUAUCACAGCUCCGGUGAGCCUGCAGCACCCGGUCACCAUCACCGCUCCAGUCAAUAUAGCUUCGGUGAACAUCCCUGCCACAGCAACCGGCAUGAACAUCGCGCACCCAGUGGCCAUCAGCACCCCAAUGCCCAUGAACAUCACUGGCCCCCUCAACAUCACCAUGAGGCCCAUGGAGAGCAUGCCGUUCCUCUCGCAGGUUCUGCCUUCCUCACCACCCUGGUAGAACCCAAAUAGCUUUUGAUUACUCAUCCAACCCAGUGUGUCUUAUUUUAAAUCCUGUUCUGGUCUUCCAUUAGUAGUGUGCUGUGAAAAAAGGGUAAGCAAGGACGCAAGGUAGAAGUUCCAAGCUUAGUGUGGUAGCAGCAGAUGGAGAAACAAAGUAAAGAUCUAGUUGGUAUUAGGUGAUGUUCUGUUUUUCCUUAUUAUGGCUAUUGGCUAAGCAGAACCAGAAAUGUAUAGAGUUUAGUAAAAUAGCAUAAGAAAGAGGAAAGGGGGUAGUUAACGUAUGGAGUGGAGGCUGGCAUGCUGUACGUUUGGUGAUUUCACUUCAUUAGUGCCAGAUCUCAGCCAAUGGCCAUUUGGAGAGGAGCAGAUUGCUUCAUCAAAUAGUGAGCAUGACUGGUUUUAACAGUUUUCUUAAACUGUGAUGAAUUAUUUUGUUGUUGUUAUUUUUAGCUUGCUUAUCAGUAUUCCCUAGUUUUUAUUGCAUUGAGUUAUGUACUACAAAAGGGACAGUUGCUUCCAUUUGUGGGAGAUAAUUAUUUUUAAUACUAUCUAAGUAAGAAGCUUAUUUGGUUUUACAUUCAUUGUAAGCCACUUAAAACUGUAGCUAUUAUUCUAGUUUUAAAAUAUUUUCUGGAGUUGAUCAUUCCUGGUAGAAGAAAGACUAUGUACUAUUGUUUUGAAUAGCUGAGACAUAUUUCUGCUUACUGGGUGUUGGGCAUGAAAUUUUACACAAGUCUUGCACUGAACACAUCUGAUUGGUGAUAUAAUGGCAGUAUUAUGAGAAAUGUUUUUAAAUUUGCAACGUUAAGCAAGAUGUCGGGCCAUGUAAUAGCCCUGUACACUGAAAGGAGACCUUAACGCGAACUUUUUGGAGUGUUUAGACUCAUUAUUCUUCUUCCUUUAUGGAAGAGGGCUGUGCUUGCGUGGACCUUUUCUCAAGGUCUUUACUGAGAGAAUCCCACUCGUUUGACACUCAUGUAGGUAAGAACAUGCCUAACACUCGUCUGAAUUUUUUCACCUCUUAAUACACUAAACCAUUUUAUCCUUAUUGUUGUCCCAUAAAAGUGACAUUAACUGUAACAGCUGAAAGAUGCAAUUUGUUAAAUUUAUUUAUCCACCCCUCCCACUUGAUUGAACCAAAACUGCCAUCUGACGUUCAGGGUUUGUUGGUUUGGUUUUUAUCAGUGACACUUAUCUGUGUUCCAUGUGACUGUAGGAAGCUAGCAAUGAACAAAGGCAAAGCAUUUCAUCCAUUUUGGAUGACAAAAGCAAUAUCGGAGUUGCACUGCUAAUGCAUUCUGUUUGUUUCUGAUCAGCAACAUGCCUUUAACUUCAAUAUCUAUUACAUCUCGCACCUUCUGUAUAGUCCUGUCUCAUGAGAAUGUACUCUAUAUGAUUAUCAUAAAUCAGGACAAGUGAGAAAAUCAUUUUGGUGUGGUCCUACAAGGCACUGUGUAGACAGCAAAUGCACAAAUGUGUUGUAUUUUUAUUUAACCUGAGAAAACCUGGGAAAUAAAUUUAAUAACCAGUAAUUGUAAGUAAAUGUAAUUUUUCUUUGCUGAUCAGAGAUGUAAUAGAUUUGGGAGGAAAAAGCAGGUCUGGACUGUGAGUUAAGCAAAGCCUAAGAGCUACUGGAUGUUCUUUAUUUUUUAUGAAUUAUGUUGUCUCCCCAUUUCAACUUGUAACAACUGUUCCAUGCAUUGCAUGAGCUUUCCAGUUAAAAUCUAGGCACCUAAAAAGGUUUUCAUCAUGUCCUCCAGAGAAUGUUGCCUUGUUUUAAGAGGGGUGCUGUCUUUUCCCCAAACACUGAGAACUGGAAUUUAAAGAAUGGGACUAAUGUGACUGGUUUAAAGCAUUACAGAACUUUUUAAGUAUGCUUGUGAUAAAUGUAUGGCCCUCCAGUGGCAUCACUUCUGUGCCUGAUCUUAAAAUGCCACAUAUUAACAUGUCCUGUUUACCAAAUCUCUGUGAAGAUUUUAGAUCUAUUUUGCUUUGGAGAUUAUCACGUAUGUGGAACUUUUGUCAUUAGCGUUUUUUUUCCCCUAAAGUAUUCUGUUUCAUUUUUUAUGCAUUAUGCACCAACAGUAUCUUUAAAAAAAAAAAAAAAAAAGUUUGAUUAGCAGUAAGGGGUGGGAGAUAUUUGAAGUUUUACAUUGGACAGUAAAAAUGAUAGUUCUGACCUUUUACAGUUUGCUUUGAUGAAUUGGCAGAACCAUGUGAAUGCCAGUGAAUGUAUAUCUUUGUACAAAACAGUUAGCUCAGAGGAUGUUGUAGGUAUGGUAGGCAAGUGCAAGGAAAAAAAUAAAAUAACCUUUUAUAAAACGUUUUGUAUUAGAACAUUAACAUUGAUAAUUUUGUAUAUAUGAAGACUAGGAAAUUUUUGGUUAGCAGAAAGGUGAAGCAUUCCUACAUUUUUUAAAUGUAUGUAUGUAUGUCACAAACAGUUAUGUAAACACAAUGUUUUAUGUGCCUUUUAUUUGGGUUGUCUAAAUAAAAGAAAAUUGUAAAACGUA